AUGACACCUACAGUCGAGUCCUUCUACCGGGAGAUCGACGAACUCGUAGAUGAAUACAAGUGUCGCGAGGCGUACACGAAACUCGAAAGUCUAGUCGACUUCAUUGAUGACAAAGCCGAAUGGCACCGACGAUGCGCUGAAGUAUGUUAUAUGAUUAGCAAUAUGGAAGAGAAGGAUCAAGAGCGGGUGGAAUGGCUCAAAAAAGGGCGGAAACACGCACUCGAUGCUCACGAAUUGAAUCCGUCUAGCAUAGAAAUCUUGAAAAUUCUUUGCUCAACCACUGGUCGGCUUGCAGAAGAGAGUGGCGUACGGGACAAGAUCAACCUGGGAUUUGAGUUUAAAGCUCACCUGGAUCGUGCAGUUGAACUCGACCCGACCUCAUUCGAAAUUCUACACAUGCGGGGAAGAUUCGCAUAUCAAGUAGCAAAUUUGAGUUUCUUCGAAAAACUUGCGGCGAAAACAAUUGGAGCUUUGCCUGAAGCGGAACAGCUCUGUCCCGGAAUCACCGAGAACAGACUCUACAUCGGUCGUGUAUUACAUGCAAAAGGAGAAUACACGGCAGCGAAGAAAUGGCUAAUUGAGGCCGCCCACGCCACCUGCGACGACGACGAACCGGUCGAGCGCGAGCACAUUGCUGCAGCGCGCGCGCUAUUGCUCCACAGAGUAUAUCAGAAGUAA